AUGCCACUGUUAAGAAGUUUAGAUCAAGAGAAAAAGCUCGAUUAUUUGGGAACAGAUCAUUGGAUUAUGAAUGGUAGUCAAACGACGUACAUGGACCUUCAACUUCACCGAACAACUUUCGAUUAUGUCACAAAGAGGCAAAGAACAGAAGAUUUCAUUCUUACAACGCGAAAUAAUGAACCAUAA